AUGAAGACUAGAGACCAAGAAGGCUACGAUAAACUUUUCAAAGUCCGUUCUUUUCUUGACGAUGUGCGAAGUAAUUUUUCCAAGAUAGAACCUGAAGAAUUCAAUUCUGUGGAUGAGAUCAUGAUUUCGUUCAAAGGUCGUAAUUCGCUGAAACAAUACGUAAAAAACAAACCUCACAAAUGGGGAAUAGAAAUGUUCGCCAGAGCAGGCAGCAGUGGAUUUGUAUAUGAUUUUGAGGUUUAUGUAGGAAAGGAUACUAUAAAAAAUGAAAGUACUCUGGGCAUCAGUGGUGAUAUUGUAGUGUGGCUGUCCAUAGGAACUGUGAGAGUUGCACGUAUGCCUGGGUGUGAGUUUAUAUCAGACAAAGAAUUAAAACUAAGAGGACGAGGUUCAUUUGACUACAAAAUGGAUACCAAUCGAAAUAUAAUAGUCGCCAAAUGGUAUGAUAAUAAACCUGUGCAUGUUGCCUCAUAUUACAAGGGAAUCGAACCUCUGGAACGAGUGAAAAGAUGA